AAUCUACCACGUGGCAGCUUUUAAGCCCAAAAAUGCUCCAGUUAUGAUGAUAUCAAUACUAUUGGUUUUUGCCGUUUCGACGGCGUAUUGUAGAGACUAUGGCCGUGAGAUGCGCGCCACUCGGAUGUCUGUGGUGGAUUUUUGGAAAAACGAGACGAAAGGUGACGGCCUGAACGUUCGUGUGGCUCAUGGAGUAAACAGCUGGCCUGAUCUGGUGGAUCAACUACACGAACCCUUCCUCAAUAAAUCCAUGAUGAUCGAAGGUGACGUAUUCAUGCAAGCUCAUCGUCGUCCACGUCAUCGAGCCGUUCCAGUGAUGAAGGCCGACACUAAAUUGGCCGAUCGAAUCACAUUUAAGGAAUGGCUCAGAGAAGUGGCCACCAUGAACAAGGCCAUCAAAAUCAAUUUCCGAUCGAAUGAAGUAGUUCGUCCGGUGCUUCAAGAUCUCUAUGCGAGUCAAGCGGAUCCAACAUCUCCAGUACUACAAUACCCAGUGAUUUUACACGCAAAUGUGUUUAGAUCUCCGAGAAGUGUUGAGACCGAAGUGGACCCAUCGACCUUUGUUGAAAAAGCCAAGGAUCUUUUCCCAGACGCCACGCUCUCUCUGGGAUGGACGAAGCAGUCGAAUUUCAGCCAUUUGCAUCCAAAAUUCAAAAAAUUGUCUUGGAGACAACUGUUUCACAUUUUGGAGUAUAUCAGUCGACUGGACCAGCCGGUGAUGUUAUCCGUUCGGCUAUCAGUAGCUGCGCAUUCCAAAGAGCAAUUGCUGUGGCUUUUGGGCAUGGAUCAGUCGAUUUCGCUGCUUUUGUGGAGUGAUGCCGAAGAUCAUGUCACCAAUUGGACGCCGAUUGUCGAGUUACGCCGUUCAACAACAAAAAAUCGAAUUCUUUACGAUUUGGACCCGAAGCACAGGAAGUUCCUGCAAACUGACAGCAAUGAGCCAAUUGCGACUCCGCCGACAUUCUCGCUGCAAGAUUGGCAAGCAGUUGAGUUUUCUUCUUCCGGAUCCCAACUUUCUACAGUGGUCCGGUCGGAAAAGGGCCCGGCGUUUCUUGGAGAGCCAACUGCACUGCUUUUAUCGAAAAUUCCUCCUCCAAACUUCCCAUCCGAACAGAAAAUCAGUGGAAAAGUGCACUUUUUGCCGAAAAAGGGAAUGGAAAAUGUGGAUUUGGAUGAGAAUAGUGGAGUUUCUAUAUACUUGAUGGAUAAGGUGCAAGACAUUGAUUCACCAAAGAUCAAGAAUUCGCUUGAGGUUUUCAUUGGUUUUGACGGGAAGAUAAAAAUCACCAAUGGACAGCUCAAAAAUCUACCGUACUACGAGACAAAAUCCGUCGGGCAACUACCGGAUAGUGAUUGUUAUGGAUUUGAAGUGACCGAUAUGGGAUGGAGAGUCAAGUUGGACGCCUGGACUGCAGAGUGUGGCAAUCAAAAAUUGCGAAAACGAAGAACCGUGUCCAUUGAGCUGGAUACACCGUUUCAAAAAAACCGACACCUGCGAAACGUCGUGGUAUCAAAAAAAGGUGAUUCAGCUGUCGAUUUCCUUCUCGAAGAGCUUCAACACAAAAACGCCUACAACUACCGUAAUCCAUGGAUUACGGUAGUCUCAACCAUACUCCUAAUGAUCUACCUACUUUAAUUUGACUUUAAGACGGGUUUUUUUUCUGCACUUUCAAAUAAUCCUCGACUUUUUGGUGCUAUUUCAUAUUGCCGAUUUUUCUUCUAGAAUUGCAUUUUUGUUUUCAAAACUUUUGAAUUUCAUAAAGGAAAUUUGAAACUCUGUGAUAUUUAGUCAGAUUUUUUUCUAUCUAUUCCCAGUGAUUGUUCCGAUUUUUGCGAAUAAAUGAUUAAUUAAUCAA